AUGGGAUAUUUUCUUUUAAGGGUAAUACGAGAAAAAAUAAUAAAAGAUAUAUAAUAAAUAUAUCAAUAAUAGAGUGGUGGUGGAUAUUAUUAAGAAGGAACUGGUAGUACUAAGAUGAGGAGAUGGAUUGAAUUAUAGGAUGGAUUUAAUAACUAUUCUUAAGUCAUUUAUAAUGGUGACUUUCAAAAUGGAAAAAAAGUAGGUAUCUGGAGUAUUUUUUAUAGGAAGAUGAGAUAGAAUUUAAGUAGUUGUAAUAUAAUUACUUAUACAAAUCUUUUAGUGGUUGUGGAUCUUAUAGUAAUGGAAGUAAGCCUGGAAUGUGGAUUGAAUUAUAAGAUGAAUUUGAUCAUUAUUCUAAAGGUAGAUGGGAUAUUUUGUAUAGGAAGUACGAUGAGAAAGAAUUUUAAUAGAUGUUAUAUUUUAUUUAGUUUAAAUAUGUUAUUAGUGGUGGAGGAUUAAAUGACUAGGAACGUUAUAGGAUUAAGAUAGGGAGAUGGAUUUAAUUUGAUAAAGAAUUUAGGUAUAAUUCUUAGUUAACUUAACAUGGAGAAUAUAAAAAUGAUAAGAAAUUUGGUAAUUGGAAUUCUUUUUAUAGAAAGAAUGAUUAAAAUACUUUUGUGUAAGUCUUUUAUAUUUUAUUAUCUUUUGAUUUUUAGACUAAAUUUUAAAAUUUCAUUAACUUAAAUUCAGUUAUAAAUUUUUAGAUUAUUUAACAUAUUAUAUAACAGCAAUAAUAAAUUCAAUUUAUCUAAUAUUACAAAUUUAAAAUUUAGGAGAAAAAAAUUAAGAAUAUUUAAACUUAAAUUCAUUUAGAAUUUGUCACAAAAAUCUAUUUUUUAGAGAAUUUAUAGAUAAUUUUGA